AUGACAGACGGUGACCGCCGUGAGGCGGCGGAGCAAUUCAUUUCUGCUGACACCAAGUGCGAUGUGCUGUUAACCUCGUACCAGUGCAGGGCGCAUGGGUUAAAUCUCCAUGGCCAGUGCAGUCAAGUUGUUCUGCUGGAGCCACCGCUCAACAUGAACACCCUGUUCCAGGCAGUGGGGCGGGUGCACCGCCUGGGACAGGGUGUUGAGCAAAAGGCAUGGAUACUCUUCCAGGAGUAUAGCAUCUCACGGUGGAUUGAGUGUAAUAACAUGAUUAAGGCACUACCACAGCUGGCUGCCUCCCUCCAUGACCUGCUAAAGCCACUCGUGGUGGCAGCGACGGGCGACACCGCUGAGUCCGCUGAUGAAGAUGCACAGGCCGAGCUCAUCCAGACGAUCAAAGGCCGCGUUGAAAUUGCAUGCGGACAGAUUGCAGUCCUGAAAACUGACUCUUACCGUGACAUGGACAAACGGACAUCCAGGUCGGACUCACCCCGCAGAUUCAAUCCCCGGUUCCUCACAAGAUUUGGGAGAUUGACCAGUCAACGGGAGAAACUGGAACAGGAGAGCAUCAGAUCCCGUCAGACGCCUGACAUUCUCGACGCCUUGGAAGCAUCUCUGGAUGAGAUUCUCAAUACACCAACUGUCAACUCACCAAAGGCAAGCACGAGUGCGGCAGAUCGGCCAUCGCCGACCCAGCGUGCUGAGACGAGAGAGUUAGACAGGACUCUGAUGAACUUAAAGAACUCCUGA